AUGGAACUCAAGAACAUCGCAAUCGUCGGCGCCGGCGGCAACAUCGGCAAACACCUCGUCCCGCUCCUCCUCUCCAGCAACCGCUUCCACAUCACCGCCCUCACCCGCGGCACCUACCACCCCCCGGACCCACGCGUCCGCGUCAUCGCCGUCGACUACGCCAGCCGGGCCUCGCUCGCGGACGCGCUGCGGGGCCAAGACGCGGUGCUGUCGCUGGUGCCGGGCGGGCAGGUGCGGUGGGACGCGCAGAAGCGGCUCGUCGACGCGAGCGUCGACGCCGGGGUGCGGCUGUUCGUGCCGAGCGAGUUCGUGACCGACGUGCUGACGCCGCAGUACGCGGUGUUUCCGGCAUCGUUUGUGGGGGAUAAGGUCGCGUUGCGGGGGUAUUUGGAGGAGCUGGCGGAGGAGGGGAGGAUCGCGUGGGCGGCGCUGAAUGGGGGGCCGUUUUUUGAUAUGUGUGAGUGCUUUGUACUGUUUGUGAAGCAACCCGCUGCUCGUCUCCAACACGAGGAGAAAAAAAAGGAGAGAGAGGGAGGGAGAGAGAAGGGGGACACUCUUCUGCUGCGGAAACUUGAAUCGCUGAUUCCGGGUUGCAUGACACUAGGGCUCCUGGGCGGCCCCGCGGGCUUCGACAUCGCCCGCCGCAAAGCUACCAUCUACGGCACGGGCAACAACCUCGCCUGCUGGACGCCGCUCCCCACCAUCGCUGCCGCUCUGCUCAACAUGCUACUGCACCCCUCUCGCAUCGCCAACAAGGCCGUCUUCAUCUGCGGCGUCAAAGGGGUCACGCAGAACGCGUUGCUUGCAGCUCUGGAAGCCGAGCUGGGGGAGAGUUUCGACGUCGAGAGGGUCGACAUCAAGAAAAUGAAGGCCGAGGCGCUGGAGUUGUUGGAGAAGGGGGAGGUUAAGAAGGCGAUGAGGGGGUUGACGCUGAGUGGGCAGUUUAACGAGGAAGGGAGCGCGGCCAAUUUUUGGGACAAGGUUGAGAAUGAGCUUGUGGGAGUGGAGCCCGUUGGAGUGAGGGAGGCUGUGCGGCAGACGUUGGAGGCUGCGAAUCUGAAAGAGCGGGUGACUUCGGAUAGUUGGGACAACGAGUAG